UUAUUUUUAAUUUGUUAAAGUCAAUUGUUUCGUGUUUUUUUAAAAUUCUAGAAUUUAUCAAUAAUGGCCGUUGGAUGUGUGUGAUGCUGACUUUGAAUUUUAGUUUGGUGAAUUCUUGAAAUGGCGGUUACAUUACAUACAGAUUUAGGUGAUUUGAAGAUCGAGUUAUUCUGUGAACAGUGUCCAAAGACUUGUGAGAACUUCUUGGCUUUAUGUGCAACUGAUUACUACAACAAUUGUAUUUUUCACAGAAACAUAAAAGGAUUCAUGGUUCAAACAGGUGACCCUACUAAUACAGGAAAAGGUGGUACUAGUAUAUGGGGAAAUAAAUUUGAGGAUGAGCUACAUGACUCAUUGAGCCACAAUGCUAAAGGCAUCGUUUCAAUGGCUAAUAGUGGCCCUAAUUCAAAUGGAUCUCAAUUUUUCAUAACUUAUGAUAAACAACCGCAUCUUGAUAUGAAAUAUACUAUUUUUGGAAAAGUCAUCGACGGCUUUGAUACUUUAGACUCAUUGGAAAAGUUACCAGUCAAUCCUAAAAAAUACCGACCAACUAUCGAUAUUAAGAUCAAAAGCGUAACUAUUCAUGCUAAUCCAUUGGCAAAAUAAAAAUGACAUCUGGUUGAUGA